UAAAAUCCAUAUUUCAUCUUUUUAAUGGCCUCUCUUUCUCUCCAACCCCCUCCCCCCUAAACCAGAGUAACUGCUGGACCCUGGCUGGGGUGUAAAAGUCCCGCGUGUGAGGUGAGAUGAAUUCAUCAUGUAACUACACCAUCGACGACUUCAAGCGCUCGGUGUUUCCUGCCGUCUACCUGCUGACCUUCAUCCUGGGCAUAGCAGGACACUCGGUCUCCAUCUGUGUGUUCUUCAGCGUAUGGAGGAAGAAGAGGAGCCUGACGUCGGUCAACCUGUUCAUGGUGAACCUGCUGGUGUCGGACCUGAUGCAGGUGUGCUCUCUGCCCCUCAGAGCCACGUACUACCUGUCCAACUCCCACUGGCCUUUUGGCGUCUGGCCGUGCCGUCUGAUCUUCUACGUCUUCUACCUGAACAUGUACAGCUCCAUCUUCUUCCUGGUCUCCCUGAACAUCAUGCGCUACCUGGCCCUGGUGCAGCCAUAUCGUUUCUUGCGUCUGCAGGGCUGCUGCAGUGGACCCCUGGUCUGCGCUCUGAUCUGGCUGUUCGUGGCUCUGGCCUCCAGCCCUCUGCUGUUCACUGAUAGCAAAGAUGGUGCAAAGAAGUGCUUGGAGCUUCCACACGGCAAUGCAACGAUGAUCAACAAGCUCAUCCUCAUCAACAACGGCACUGUGACCGUGGGCUUCGUGGUGCCUCUGCUAACCAUCUUGUGGUGCUCGCUUUUUGUGAUCCACAGACUGCUGAAGCCCAGUCCGGCACAGCGUACGGUCAAGGCGUCGAGAAAGAAGGCCUGCGCUCUGGUCAUCAUCAGCCUCGGCUUCUUCCUCAUCAGCUUUUUACCUUAUCACAUCAUGCGGACGCUGUUUUUGUACACAGAGUGGGAGGUGGCCGAGAACAGAGGCCAUCAGUACUCCUGCGAUUACAUCCAGGGAAUCCGGAAAGCUGCGGUGGUAACCCUUUGCCUGGGUGCGGCCAACAGCUGCCUGGACCCCAUCCUGUUCUUCUUCGUUGGGGAGAACUUCAGAAGUUUCUUUGCCAGACUGCUGAGGAGGAAGAGCGCAGAGACUGACAACAGAAAGAUCAGCCAACAGAGGGCAGAGUUGCAGGUCCUGCAGAGCUACUGAAAAAUAUGAAAAAAAUGCUGCCACUGGUUUUAUCCACCACACAAAUGAGUUGGCCAGUUUUUAUUUAUGACAGGAAACAAAACUCAAGCACCUCUGAAGGUUAUGUGUAGAAAGCUUUUGUCUUAUCUCUAUUGCCUCUAAUGCCUCUAAUGCCUUUAAUGUGGUCGGUUCAUCUGCUGAGGCCCUGGAAACUUCCCCUCCUGUGCAUAAGAGAGCGAGACUUCCUGCACAUGACAGCUGCUGCUUCUUCUCUCAAAGCUUCCUAUAGUCUGUAAAAACUGCCACAUCCACAUACGUAGCUGCAAGUCCUGUCACUGGGGUGGCACCUUCAAGGUCUUCAGUGCCUUUGAUUAAGGUACAAAUACAAUACAUUGUGGUUGGUUUUGCCUUCUUUUAAAGGUCAACGUUGUUCCUAAAAUGGUCAUGUUGUACCAUUGAGCUGACAUUUGCACGUGUUUGUACUUGAAUCUGGGCCAUACUAAAGCUUCACCGUGUACAUGUGCAAUAGUCGCACUGCAGAUUGUGCAAUUUGUCAUUUAGUGCAGCUGCAUUAUACAUUUUUUUUCCAAACUUAACACAAACUUGCUUAAUACAAAGAAAAUUUCAAAAACUGUGUCUACCAGAUUAUCGAUUAUAUCUAUCUUAUACUAUUAUUUUUACUCCAGUCAUUGAUGCACAGACUGUUUACUUAUUACUAUCAUGACACGUUGCAUCAUUGACUAGUGGUAAAAAAAAAUCAUGUAUUUCAUAAAAUCACAAUUACAAUGCAGUAUCAGUCAAACAUUUGAGCACAGCUUAAAUUCUUGUUGUUCUUUUUUUCAUAAUUAUAAAUAUUUUUUCCAAACUAUGAAGAAAAACAUGGUAUUCUUCAGUUAACAAUAACAUGUUAAACAAAUCAUAAUAUGUUUUAUCCAAAUAGCAGCUUUGCGCAUCUUUAAUGCCUUUCAGUUAACAGCUGUGCUGAACUCGUCAAGAGUUAAUGACUUGAAUUUCUUGCCUCUUAAUGUGUUUGAGGGCAUCUCAACUAAGUAAAGAAAAAAAUACUUUAAGAAAUGAAGGUCAGUUAUUCAGAAAAAAAAUCAAGACCCAAAGACCAUCAAAACCGUUAUGAUGAAACUGGCUCUCAUCAGGACCUCCACAGGAAAGGAAGAGCAAGAGUUCUCUCUGUUGUACAGGAUAAGUUCAUCAGAGAUACCAGCCUCAGAAACUGUAAAUGCUUUAGAGACUAUUUAGUAUUUUGCUUUGUUUAACACUUACUACAUGAAGUUACUACAUGACUCCUUAUGUGUUUUUUCAGUCAAAGUAAAGACAUUGACUUUUUAAUGUAACUGUAUUUUGCAGUACAUCCUCAUAUCACAAUGUAAAUGUUUUCCAACAUGAAAUGAGACUAAGAAAUGAUUCUAAGAUCUAAAAAUCUUAUAAAACUGGCCAACUUCAAAGUGUGCACUGUGGUAAAUCAUGCAUUUGAGCUUGUUGCACAGCUUACCUAGAGACUGACUGGUACUGGUACAACUCUGUGUGGACUUUUGACAUAAAGAAAGAUGCUCUGAAACAUUUAAAGACUUUAAGAGAGCAUGCUCUUCAUCUAUAGCGCAGAAACAAUGGUAUUCAGCUUGUCCUUGUCCCCUCCCCCAGAACAUAAUCAGAGAGUGUGUCAAAAAAUGCAGCUUCCUCUUUCAUUUCAUCCAUAAAUGGAAGUGUUGUUGACAGAUCACAGCAAACCUCAAACUGCUGGGUGCUUGUCCCUCCCCCUUUCUUUUUUGUUAGCUGUGUAAUCCAUAAGCUGGCUAUUGCUGUUGUUGCUAUUGUUAUAUAUUACAGCUCACUCAGUGUAAUGUAUA